AUGAUGUUGAAGAAGAAAGAAAGCAUUGGACGACAGAAAAUUUUGAUGGUUAAGAUAAAGAAAGAGAGCCACCGGCAAGUCACGUUCUCUAAACGCAGAGCCGGCCUCUUCAAGAAAGCUAGUGAGCUAUGCACAUUGUGCAGUGCAGAGGUCGGGAUUAUCGUGUUUUCUCCCGCGAAAAAACCUUUUUCUUUUGGCCAUCCGAGCGUAGAAUCUGUAUUGGAUCGCUACUUAUCCCGAAACAAUGUGUCUUUAGCACAUACUCAUCAACCGCAUGAAAACCCUACAGCAAGCUGCGAGUUAAAUGUGCGGUUGACGAAGAUUUUGAGCAAGGUAGAGGAGGAGAGGAAGAAAGGCCAAGAGAUGGAAGAAAUGAGAAAAGCGAGUGUCAAGCAGUCGAUGAUCAAUUGGUGGGAAGCACCGGUGGAGGAGAUGAAUAUGGUUCAGCUACAAGAAAUGAAAUUAGCAUUGGAAGAGUUGAGGAAGGCUGUUGUGUCAGAGACAAAUAUGGCACCAUUUAAUGACGUGAAAGAGGAUGUGUUUGGUUUCUUGGAUAACAAAGUGACGGCUCCUUCCUACACGAACACGUCUUAG